CUUGAAGAUAAUAAUAAUAUAAUAAGAAAUAAUGAUUAUUUGGUGGUUUAUAUUUUUAUUAAAGGGAUUGGUUGCAUUACCAAUAUGUACCAAUCAAACAAGUAUUAAAGACUAUGCGGUAUUAAGUGCACUUUUACCAUUGCAUUCCGGCGACGACUGUUCUGAGACACAAAUUAGAGGUUUACAACAGUUGGCUGCUUUGGAGUACGGACUCAGUAAAGUAAAUGCAGAUCUUAGUAAAUAUGGAAACUUAAAAAUCAACUUACAGAUUUUGGACACUUGUUCUAAUUCAAAUAGAGCUGUAAAAGCCACUAUGAAAGGAUUGGUUUCUGUUGACGAUCAAACAUGCAUUAAAUCUCCAUUAUUUUUAGGAUACAUAGGACCAGACGAUUUAGAAUCAUUUAUUAAUGUACAUAAAAUAACAUUUUUACUAAACAAAACUCAUGUUUUGCCAUACAAAAUUGACCUGAAAGAAAAACCUGCAAAUGUUUUUUUUAUUGGAGCAGACCAGACUGGAAUUAGAGCAAAAGCCAUUCUUACAAUGUUAAGUAAUUUAGGAUGGGAAAAUUAUGUAUCAGUAAUAGAAGAUUCCAUUCAAACUACUAAUUUAUUAGAUAUACUUGUGGAUUUGUCAGAUGGAAAAAUCUGUCCAGUAGGAAAACCAAUUAUGUUACCUAAAUCGGAAAAUGGGUAUACUACAAUUUACAAAGAAAUAGUUGAAAGUCAAGUUCAUUCAUCAGUUGAUGGUAUACUUAUACUUGUUGAAAAGCCAGAAGCUCUAAAGCCUUUGUUGAAGAUCCUAUCAAACAGUGCUAAUUCUCAAAAAUGUCCAUUUGUCAUUUAUAUAAUUUCUGUUGGUUUAAAGUUAUGGGAUUUUCCAAGGUCCGAUUCAAUGAAAAUUAUAUUUAUGCAAGAAGCCACAGAAUUUGCAGUGAAAAAUGAUAUCAAACAGUAUUUUAACGACUCUUUGUUAAUUAAUUACCACGAACAAACCAGAACAUAUAAAAGAAGUUGCAUUCAUAAUUUAAUGUGUUUAGAUUCACUUGAAGAUGAAUUGGAUUCAACUGUUAUCCCAAUAACAUAUGCAGUGCAUUUAUUCGCAAAUGCAUUGAAAAUGUCAUUAGACCAAAAGUGUAAGUAUAAUUUAGAUUCUUCAGGGAUUUGCCGCAAUCUUCAAUCAAUGCCAUCGACGGAAUGGGCAUCACUAUUAAGGACACAAUCGAUAAUAAUGAAUGGACCAGAAGGACCAAAAAGAGUUAGAUUUCAAAUGGAAAUACCACAUCAUGUCAGUACAUAUAUGUGGAACACGGUCACAAGACAGUUUGAUUUGAUCGCUACAAUAACAAAUGGUGAUAGAUUGAGUUUCAUGAAAAAUGUGUUUUUACCGGCCUCAAUACGUUCAAAUAGAUCUAACCGUUCGGCCUUUUGUCAAUUACAGAAGAUCAAACAAACCAAAACUGCUACAACCACAUCGGUAGAAGAUGCAACUGAUGUAAAAGAAGAUGACUGGUCUCCAAUAUGGCAGUUUUUACCCAGCGUAGAAAAAAAUCUAAACACAAAAUCUACUUACCGAGGAAUGGUUGUAAUGUUGUGUAUAGGUUUUGGUUUCCUUAUAUUUAUGAUAGUGACCAUGCGCAUACUAUAUAACAUUUUCAAGUUCAAACAAGGCAAUGACGAAUCAUCCAAUAGGAGAAGGAAUAAGGCGGCGAAGGUACAAAAACCUAGAAGAACGAGUUCUGUAACAAGUAGACGAUUAAGCAGAGUCAGUUCAAUUAUAAGUACACGAUCACGUUAAGAUAAUGCAUUUGUUAUAAUAUAAUACCUAUUCUUUAUUAUGCGUA